AAGUGUUUUUCCCCCCACAGUGAUCAGAACUCAUUCUACCUCUGGAGCUCGCACAAACCCCUCCGUCCCCCAUCUUCUGUUUACUACAGCCUGUAUGUAGCUUUAAUUACUCUGUUGUUUGCUAACAACUCGGACCCCGCUGCUCUCUCUCCCUCUCCCCAUUUUUUUCCUCCUGGCUCCGUAAAAACGCAGAGGAUCAUUCAUAAGGAAUGAGUGGUCUCUCUAUACGAUUGUUUUCUGGACUACUACACAUUCAGCGUACGGAGCUUUGUACCAGAGCCGCUGCAGAAAUGUGGGGUAGUGAUGCGUGGCAGCUGUAGCCUCUGGUAUGGACAGCGGUGAGGGAGGAGGAGGGGAUGGAGGGGGAGGAGAGGAGAGAGAUGCUGACCUCAGUCCCCAGGCUUUAUCUCUUCCUCUCCUGACCCUAGCGGUCAGUCCUGAGCAGGGGUCAUCCUCUCAUACCUCAGCCACGGCCCCUGCCAAAGAGCCCCUGACCCUGCCUCAGCAGCAGGAGGAGGAGGGCGCAGAGGGGUCCCAGGCUAGAGAAGAGACCCAGGGAGGGGAGCAGAGAGAGGGAGGCCGACAUCCACAGGAGAAUGGGACAUGUCAAAAGCAGGGGAUGAUGAAGGAAGACUUGGGGGAAGGAUAUUUGUCAGGGCAGAGGAAGGAAGAAGGGGAGGUGCAUGUAGGUGUGGGAGAGGCGUCAGUUACAGGGGGGCUCCCAGCAGCCCCUAGCAGCAGCAGCAGCAAUGGAGAGGAGGAAAAGGAAGAGGAGGAGGCCAUCUCAAACCAAAGCCAAACCAAAUCCAAAUGUUCUUUAUUACCUCAACAGAGCCAGCACAGCUCUUCUUCCAGCACUGCAAAGGCCAGUGGCACACUCGACAGCAAAACAGCCGCCUCUCCAAAGCCCUCCCCUUCUCCUUCCACCUCUCCAAAGCCCUCCCCUUUUCUUCCCACCUCUCCAAAGCACUUCACAUGUCCGUCCUCAUCUUCUGCCCUGCUGAGCGAGACAGAGGUAAAAGAUAUUAAGGGAGAUCAGGGCUGGAUUUCUGAGUUUCCUCAGAGCUUUAAAUCCCAGCAGUCUACUCUGGCUUUUUCACUGGCAGGUACGGAGCCUGCCAGUACACCUGCUGAGGAUGAUGGGCCGGCAGGGGUUCCUCACUCUUCCAUUUCCAAUGGAGAUGGUGCCAAAGCUCCAGAACCAAAUGACAGCCAGCUAGACACAGAAGUGGAUGACGAGAGAGACAAAGAGGAAGAACAGAAAGAAGCUGUCCUUAAAAACCUCAACCAAGACCUCUCUCCUAAUUCACUGACGAGUCACAUGACCAUAAUGCACUCACGCAAUUCCUGCAAGACGCUGAAAUGCCCCAAGUGUAAUUGGCAUUAUAAGUCGCAGCAUACACUGCAAGUCCACAUGAAAGAAAAACAUCCAGAGACAGGAGGCCAGUGUGUGUGUGGUGCCUCUGGGGGGAAGUGUGUGUGUGGGGGUGCAACACGAGACGUGUGUGGAUACUGUAGUUCGGGGAAACCUCAUCCUCGCCUGGCUCGCGGUGAAACCUACGCCUGUGGCUACAAGCCCUACCGCUGUGAGGUGUGUGACUAUGCUACCUCAUCGAAAGGCAACCUCAGCAUACACAUGCAGUCAGAUAAACACCUUAAUAACGUUCAAGGUGGGGGACACUCAAAUGGUCACCUGCCCACCUCUCACACCGCCAACAAUAGCAGCUCCUCCAACGGUUACACAGCAGAAGAGCCUGCAUACAAGCUUCCACUCUCUAUUCCCACGACUACAACUCAGCCUGUUAAAGUCACACCACCCGCACACUCUCAUGGUAAGCGGUGGAGGUGUGAUGUGUGCGACUACGAGACCAGCAUUGCCCGCAACCUGCGCAUACACACCACCAGCGAGAAACACACACACAACAUGCUGCGACUACAGAGAGGUUACUAUCUGUCCCACUGCAGAGGCCUUGCCCCGCAACUCAAACACCUUCAAAACGCAGGCGCUGAACUCUCAUUAAACAUGCGACUGACCAGUCAACAAGUUACAGAACAGCCAGUCACCCUUGGGUCUACACUUACUCCUUCCCCCUCCCCCUCUCCCUCACCCCCUCCAGCUCCAUCUCUGUCCCCAACUGGACCCCUCUCCCAGGGUGUAUUUCAAUGCCUUGUCUGCUCCUGUUUUUCAUCUGACAGCUUAGAGUUGGUGGAGCAACAUCUGAACACCACUCGCUCUCUGCCACAGUCAGAGUGGUGCUCCCUGGUCACAGGGGGCUGCCACUGCAGGCUGUGCGGCUACACCACCCCACUGAGGGCUAACUUCUCCUUGCACUGCCAGACUGACAGACACCGCACUCGGUACCAGCUUGCUGCUCACCUUCAGGAGGGCGGAGACAGGGGUCAGGAGGGGGCUGCCCUUAUUGCCAAGGGAAACCCUGUCCAAGUGCGGUGUAACCUAUGUGACUACAUGACUAGCAGCAUGGAGAAGCUACGCGGACAUUCCCUUAGUUCACACCACAAGGCCAGCGUCCGGGUUUACAGAUUCCUGCAGCAGUAUGAUGGUGAGGUUGAUGGUGGUUCAUGGCUGUUCCAUUGUCUCCUAUGCAACCACUCCUCCUCUUCUAAACUCCAAGUUCUGAAACACAGUCAAACCCCAACCCAUCAACAAAGGGAAGGGCUUCUCCAGCUGCAACCCAUGGGCGGCGAGGAGCUGGCAGCCAUUUUUACCAUCAGGAAAAGCUCUGAUGGGGACCAAGGAGAGUUCAGUGAGGAUAUGGAAACUUCUGGUGAGACAACCACCGGUCCUUUGGACACAACCAAAGACGAAUGUGACUUGAUUUCUGAGGAGACAGUUGAAGUAGAGAAAAUGGGGGAGGAAAGAGAACAGAAGGAGUCAUUACCCUCUGUCAAACGUUCCUCCUCUGGAUACGAGGAAUUGGAAAUCUCCAUCAUAACCAAACGCCCCAGACUACACCAGCAAAAUGAGAACCAGCAGACUGUCCAGUGCCCUCUGUGCCAGGUGAAACUCCCAUACAUACACCUUCAACAGCAUCUCACACAUGUGCACAGUGUGGCCCAGGACUGUGUCGACAAGCUCAUCAGCACAGUUACACCACCAAUGAAACAACCAACACCUUCGCUGCAGACAGAACCCCAACCAGAGAAGAGUACAGACGACAGACAGAAGAACAUAACCCCCAAGAAUAAUAACUAUUGUUCUGAUACUGCUGAUACAGUUGCCUCAGUUGAUUCACAGAAAAACGAAGGUAUUUUAGAUGAAAACACUGAAGGAGAAGUCGCCACACCCAAAGAUGUCACAGCUCUACUCACCCCACCCCUUGAAGACAGCACCACUCACCAUUCAAAUGGCAGACUGGCUACUCAGUCCCCAACUCAGAUCCCCCCCUCUUCUCCACCCACCUCACCAGCCGACGACCCCCCUUCAUUUUCCGAUCGCCAUGGUUACCGGUUUCGUUGCAGCAGAUGCAGUCUGGCGUUCCCCACUCAGGAGAAGCUCCAGCUGCACUGGCAGUACCAUGCCAUGAGGGCGGCGACAGAGUGUCCCAUCUGCUCGAGACAAUGUCGCAGUCAGGAGGCCCUGCAGAGACACAUGCAGAACACGCACUCACAGCUUGACAACACACAGGGGCAAAAUACACUCCAACCACCUCAUACUACACAAUACAUGGAGCUGAACAAGAGCUCAUCUCAACAAGAUUUAAGUUUAUCACCUCAAGUGGGUCAAGAAGCAGGAGUGGCUGAAGAUGAGGACUUAGAGGAGGAGGAGGAGGAGGAGGAGGAGGAGGAAGAAGUGCUUGACAUGGAUGAAAAGGAGGAAACAAAAGGAGUUGAAUUUAAAGAGAAGGAUAUGGUUGGUGAGAUUGAUGGAAGUGAGGAGGAAAUAACUGAGCAAGACAAAGGGCCACAUGAGGAGAUCGUUUCAGAACCGAGUUCAAGCUCCAUGAUUAAAAAGAGCUCCAACCCCACAAUGGACCGCUACCUUGACCCAACCAGGCCCUAUAAAUGCACAAUCUGUUCUGAAUCUUUUACCCAGAAAACCAUUCUUCUGGUCCACUAUAACUCUGUGUCCCACCUUCAUCGGGCAAGACGAGCCCUGCAGGAUUCUGGUACAGGUGUUGCUGCCCCUGAGGCUCCCCGUGGCCCUGAUCCUCGGCCCUACCGCUGCCGACUGUGUGGAGUGGGCUACAGUCAGAGCUCCACACUGGACAUACAUCUUCGAUCUGUUCUACAUCAGACCAGAGCUCGUGCUGCCCAGAAUUCAGCACCACAGACCGUAGCAUCUAGUGUAGCUGCUCCUGUGUCAGUUUCUACUACUGUAACUCAGGCUGCAUCCACCAGAGAGGACACGACAUCUAAGAGUUUGCCAUUAACCAAGAGGCCAGACGUGGUUAGCUGUUCAACAUCUUCACUAUUAGCCCCAAGCCUACCAGCUGAGGCCCAGUCAACCCUCUCUAACCCAAGUGACAACCAGCAGGCUAAAAAGAGAGUAGCAGAGCUUCUGGCAUCUAGAAACCAGCUGAUGCUACUACAACAGCAACAAUUAGCCCAAGCUCAGGCACAGGCCCAAGCUCAGUUACAGCAACAAACAGCCCUGCUUCAGUCUCAAUUAAUGCAACACCUUCCUUUAGGGGCAGAGAAUCUCCUCAAACAACACUUCUCCCUAACACCAGAGAACUUGCUUGCUCUGCAGCAGCAGCUUCUUCUUCCCUUUUACUUGUCAGGAGACAUGAUGCUUAACCCAGAGUUAGCUGUCAAGAGCCCGGAACUGUCAGUAUCGGACAACCUAUUCCAAAAGGAACAAGUUGAGACAGAAGGAAAAAGGGGGUCUCAGUCCAAAAUAAACGAGAAACAACUACAGAGACAAGAUUCAAACCCUGCUUUUAGUCAACUAAAAGAUCAUGGACAUUGUGAAGUCAUUGCUGAAGGCUGCAGUGGAUCAACCAAGACGGAGAGACAACUCAGCAAUUCAAGUGUUGAGGAAGAAAAAGAAGAUAAGCAUUUUUCUGCUGUUAAAAAUGAAAGCCUGAAAAAGGAAACAAAUCCCUCAUCGUGUAAUCUUGUUGGACUUCAGUGCCCUCCUCCAAGAGUUCCUUAUGCUGCUGUGAAUGGGGAGCCUCUUAGAGCUCUGCUGCAGAGUUAUGGCUUUGAGUUGGCUCUGCAAUAUAUACAGAGUAGACAGAGACACCAGCAACAGAUAUCAACUCAUAUGGUUCCAGAUAAACAAGAGUGCUCUGGUAACAAUGAGAUAAAGGUGUUCUCAGAGGAAGAAAAGAACAAGUUCAGUGGAUUACAGGAUGUAGAGAAGGAAGGCUGUAGUGAUGACAAAAGCAGAGUUGAAGUCAAUGGAGGGGUAGAAGACUUGUCGCAAGAGAAAAGGCCGAACAAAGAUGAGGAAGAACCAGCAGAAAAAGAGAAAGGAUGUUGUAAAAGUGGAGAGAAGUGCAGAUACUGUGGCAAGUUUUUUUCAGAUGCCUUGGUUUUGAAAAGCCACCAGGAAUACAUUCACAGGUCUCUGUUUCCAACGGCUGCAUUGGAGAGGUUUUCCAGAGAAUACAGGCUGCAGUAUGACCAGAUGUACCCCCUCCCACAGUCUAAAUCUGGGGAGGAUUUAACUACUUGCCCCCAAGCUGCAGACCCAGCACCAUCUUCAGAAACAGAACUGAAAGUGGAAAAAGUUAAACCUCAAGCUAAAACCCCUUCACCCUCACCCGUACCCUCAGUUUCAGAUGCCUUAACAAAAACAUGCACGCCAGUUUUCGACCAAGCAUCAAAUGCCCCUCUGCCUUCUUCUCCCUUACCCUCUCAGCCUCACGAUUUUUCACAAGAGGUGCUCAACCUAAGCACUUCUGCUACACCUACUUCUCAUACCACAUCCCAGGCUAGCUCCAUGCCUCUUUCCUUGCCUAUGCUUCCUCUCUCCUUGCCACAGCUCCCUAUGCAUCCACUGACUUUACCUUCCAUUCCUUUCCCAAUGGAUCUCCCUCUCCUCUCUCCAGUUGUCAUGCAGUCAGUAGCUCUCCAGUCUAAACCGUGGUUAGACUCAAGUGUGAACCCUGAGUUGGUGAAACUCUACCAAUCUCAACUAAACCUAGGGCUAGGGCAACAGUCUCAGCUUAGUCCAGCUUUGUUAGCCCAGCAACCUCAGCUCAGCCCAGCUUUGCAAGUUCAGACCCCUCAGCUCAAUCCUGUGCUCUUGGGUCAACCACCCCAACAAAACCCUAUCCAAACAGGACAGCAAUCCCAAGUCAGCCCAACAAUACUUGAACAGGGCAAAAGAACCCGUACACGAAUCUCUGAGGAGCAGCUCACUGUUCUGAGGAAACACUUUGAUAUCAACACUCUACCUAGUGAUGAAGAGAUGCACAAGAUGUCUGCUUUGUCUGGUCUGCCUCAUAAAGUAAUCAAGCACUGGUUCCGCAACACCCUAUUUAAAGAGCGACAAAGAGACAAGGAUUCCCCUUAUAACUUUAACAACCCACCUACCAUAGCUCUGGAGGAGUCCAAUAAGGAAAUGGCACAAUCCCAGGCAUUGUCACUUUCCCCAAGUUCACUGUCCCCAUGUCUUCCAGCCAACAAUUUCCCACAGCCCCAGACAACAGACCUUCAAAGAGGAGAGUCCCAUAGGGGCAGACGCUCGUCCCGGACCCGCUUCACAGAGCAACAACUGGAGACCCUGCAGACUGUGUUUGAGGCCACACCUUAUCCCAGAGAGGAUGAAUAUGACAGGUUGUCUGCCCUACUGUCUCUUCAAAACCGAAUCAUUGUUGUAUGGUUCCAAAAUGCAAGACAGAGAGCCCGCAAAAACCAGGACCGGGGGACUGAUGAUGGAUCAGAGGGGAUGAACCAACGUGACAACAUUCACAGACAGAAAAAUGGACACAAGAAGGAUGAAGAUGAUGAGAAUGAUGAUUACAGCUGUGGAGAUGAAGGACAAAGUGAAUUGCAAAAUGAAAACUCCAUGGAUUUGACCUAUGAGUAUUACACCCACCCUGAUUCACCUUUCAUUGAUUCUUCUUCUCCCUGCCCAGAGAGUGAGCAUCCAACAGCCAAAGGUGAGUCAACACCUGUUACCAGAAAACAAGAAGACAAAACAGUCCCUCCUCCUCCAGAAAACAGGAAUUCAACUCUUGUUCAAACUAAAGCUGGAAUUUUAGACGCAGACUCUCAGCAUAAGGACAUUGUUCUAGCUAUGAAAACAGGGUCUUCUCCAAAGUCUGAGCCCAACCUGCAGCUGGAAAAUACUCAAGAAAGGACUACACCUUGCUUUCCCUCCUCAUCACUCAAAGCAGAACCUUCCAUCAUGUCUACAUCUCGUUCCAGCCAGGGGCUCCUACACAGCCCCCACUCUGAUCAAGCUGUUGAAAAGCCUGCUGAUAUGCCACCCAGCCUCCACACUCCUCCAGAGCCUGAAAAAAGUCACCUUCGGCUGCCUGAUACCAACUCUGGCUUAUCCAUGGAGGCCAAGCUAAGCAAACCGCUUCAACCCCAGACCCAGGCUCAGUUCCAAUGCAGUCUUUGCCCAGUGUCAUUGCCAUCAUUCCAGUUGUGGCAGGAGCAUCAGACUAGGCACCUCCUGGCAGCUCAGUCCCAUGUCCAAUUUCUGCACUCUGGUUUCACAGACCGAACCAUGCCUUAUAUGAUGCUCCACCCUAACCACACCCUGAUGGCCAGUCAAAUGCUUUCAGGUGCCAUGUCCCAAAUGCACACCAACCCAACACAUGCAAUGAUUUCACACUUAAACAGCAUACAAAUUAAGGACACACACUCUGACCACUCAAGUACCCCCCUCACCAGCCUUUCCCAAAGUUCUUUGGCUACCGUUAAGCAGAAUUCAAAACUUUUGUCAGACAGUAGUUUAGAAGUCCACAGGAACGGUAGAGAAAUUGAGGAGGAGCAUCGAAGGGAUAAGCGCCAGAGAACCACCAUCACCCCAGAACAGCUUGAAGUGUUGUACCAGCGCUACAGCAUGGAUUCCAACCCCACUAGAGGUGUCCUGGAAAGCAUUGCACGUGAUGUAGGCCUCACAAGACGCGUGGUCCAGGUUUGGUUCCAGAAUACACGAGCCAGAGAGAGGAAAGGACAGUUUCGUUCGCUCGGGCCAGGAUCAAGUUUCAGCUUGGGUUUCAACCACCUGCGCUGCCCAUUCUGCAGGGCUCUCUUUAAGGUGAAGAGUGCUCUGGAUGCCCAUAUGAGGUCACGCCAUUGGGCUGAAGCUGAAAGAGCAGGCUUCAACUUGUCAAUGAAUAAUGGAUCCAGUGGGCAGAUUGGGAUGGCGCUGUCAUCGAUUACAGACAGACCUGGCCCCUCUGUUUCCUCUACCCCAAACCAAGGCUACGUCAUCAACAACAAGGAACCAACUUUGAAGCAACUUAUGACCUCCAUGCCUUCAACAACUGAUCUUAACAACCCAGAGGAAGAGGAUGAUUAUGAGGAAGAUGACGAAGAGUAUCCAUGUGAAGAGGGUUCUAGUUUGGCUGAUCACGGUUCUCCUAGUCCAGAGGGAUCUCGGGGUCCAGGUGCAGAUUGGGGUGAGACACAAACUCUACAGCAACAGCACCAUCAGCAGCAGCGCCAAAGGACACAGAUGAGCCACUACCAGUUACUCCAGCUCAGAGACUUCUACAGAAGCCACCGUAACCCCAACCGACAUGAGUGUGAGGCACUGGGCCAGGAGUUGGGACUACCUCACCGUGUGGUGCAGGUGUGGUUCCAGAAUGCCAGAGCCAAGGAGAAAAGGGCCAGGAGCCUGAGCUCUGAUGCUGCAGAGAGAGAGCAGGCCGAGCUGUCCGCAGGCGCAGGGGAGAGAGACAGAGCCUAGAGAGGCAUACUACGGUCUCUUGCUUCCUUCUUCUACACCCUCCUGGAAACUCCUCCUGCACCUGUUGUCAACCGCUAAACAUAAACUCUGUUCACUUUGCUGCCAAACCUGUUACCUGAACACCCCAAAGAUGCAGAGCCACCUUGGCCCAAAGAGAAACUCUCUCAACUUUAAGUAGGAGAGAGCCCAAACCAAGUCCCCUCUACAAGAGCUUUCCUCUUUUCAUAUUGUUCUCAAACUCUUUCCUGGUCUGUAUUUUCUUGUCAAACAGCACUUCUGUCCCUUUCCUGUCAGACACCUUACUACAACCAAACACCAUCUUGUUAAACCAACCAGAUGCCACAGAGGCCAAAGAGCAUUCUCCAAGUAUGUGACCUCACUGCCCAGCUAGACCUGCAGUCUACCUCUCAGUCUGCAUGACAGACUCACAGUGGGCCCUCCAACAGACAGUGCUAGAUGACUAGCUGUGUAGCAUGUAGUGCCAGUCUGUAAGAGGCUGGAAAAAUAAAUUGUCAAAGAGAUUUAGUGUAAAUAGAGAGCUCCAAAAGAUAAACUUGAAGAAAAACAAAGCUGUUAACGGUGACAGAAGAUGGAAAAAAAAAAAAGAAAAAUAUCCUUGAACUAGAUGGAGGUAUUCGCAUAGAGCUUUUGUAAAGACUGACUCAGAUUCCAAAGCUCGUAACCAAAAUUUUACAUGUCUGUGGAUUUAGUUUCAACAUGUUUGUUUCUGAUAACAAACUGCAGAGCUGACGUCUGUAUCGUGAAUGGGUGAAAUCUGCUGCCGGCCAAGGUAAGCCGGGGAACCAAUAGACUGUUGCAGUGCUCAAAUGCAGCUUCACCCUCCACAAGCCAAUGAUGAGUCUUCUGUUGUACAUGUAAACCUUCUAUGUUUCUUUAGCGGAUAACAGCCCAAAUAGCACAGAAAGAAAAAUGCUAGUUUGUCCUAAAAAGGGCAAACUAUUUUUUAUAGCACUCAACCAUUAAACUGUAUAUGAAAACUUUAACCAAACUCAAAUUUACAUUGUGUGUGUUUAGUAAUAGUUUCUUAAUAUAAAUCUUAUGGAUUGAGAUGAACUGUCUUGCUUCGAUAUAAUAGUGUCAUGACUAUGAAAAGAUUAUGACAGCUUUGAUAUGUUCAGGCAAGGUGACUUACUGCCUUUCCGUUCUAUUUGAAUAUACCAAUGGCUGACCAAUGUUAUGUGAUUGAUGUAAAGCUUUCUAUGCUCAGGUCAACAGCUCAACAUGUGAUCCUAAUACUGAACUUUUCUGUUUUCAAAACGAAAGUUGUGGUUUAACCUUGGACUGAGUAUUACAAGAUAUCAACAAAAACAUCUCUGUAUUUCAAAGAUCUGAGCUUUUCACCACUGAGUAAUAGAUUGUUACAAAAACCUUAUUGAAACUAAAGUGUUUAAUAGUGUGAGGGGUAAAUGUACAGUAUUUAGCUUUUGUAUGGUUGACUCAAGACUUCAUUGGAUGAUUGAGACAUGGCUCCCUUUUCCACUCACACAAAGAGAGCUACUGCGCAAAGCUGAGAAGAACUUUGGAUGUUAUUGAUGUUAUUUUUAUACACUUAAUUUAUUUUCCCUGUUUCUUCCUCCCUUCCUACUUCCUUCAUUUUAUCUCUACUUUUUCUUUUGUUCAUUGACAACCAGUCCUUAUUCUGGCUGUAAUAAUGAUACUAUAACAAUAAUAGCUAAACAAUAAUUAAUGCUUUAAGACAAAAAUCCAAAGACGUGAUAAUACUUUAACCAUAUGACCUACAAAAUAAGCGCUACUGUUUACUUGACGAUGUAUUGCUGUUUUUAAAGAAGGAAGGAGUCCCUAUAUCUAAGCUACUGUUUUCUGCCUCUCAUAAGCACACUGGAGACUGUAACCAAAACCCCAAACUAGAGCCAUGGCAGUCUGUAAUAUAGCGGUUAAAGAGUUUUACUUCUCUUAAGAAAUGUUGCAGUUUAUUUUUCUUUCUUUCGUUUUUUACCAUAGUGUUGAACUUCAGCCCUUAAGGAUGUCCAGUUUGCUGCUAAUGUACUGUAGUUUCUAACGAUACUGUAGAAAGAUGCAUGCUCUGAUCGCUUUAUCACUAGGCUUUAAUGACUACAAACUGUAAUGAUACCUGUGAUGCUGUUGAUAAACUGCUCCUCUGUUAUUUUGUUGAAAACAUGUGGAUAUGUGGGGCUCAAUUCCAUCAGGCUUGUUUUCAGUAUCCUGUGACUUACCACCAUUAAGAAAAUAAUAAAAAAAAGGCAUUCGUAAUACCAGAAAUAUUUUUUCAAACUUCCAGAGAAACCUGCUUGGGGCAUUAACUUCUAAAAGUACUUAUGGAGAUACUGCAAAGCUAUUCGAAGGAGUUAAGACCCCCUAACCCUCAACUGAUAUGUUGUCAGUCUUUCUGUGUUGCAUUGUCUCUUGUCAAUAUGUCCAGCGACAACAGCUUUCCUGAACUCUGACAUCACAACCUACUUUCCAAAGGAUAUGGACUGACUGACUUCAUCGAGUUUUGUUUUUAAACUAACCAAUGUUUACGACAAUACCAAUGAGCUUUCCUCUGUACAGAAAUGUGCAUUCCAAAUACCACAAGGCAGUUUUUGUAUACUGAUUCUUUUAAAUUUCAUUUCUCUCGUAUUCUCUUGCUCUUAGUGACUGUAAGAUGUACAUAUUGAGGUCCUCUAUGGUGAAGAGACUCUGUUAUCUUUACUGUAGGUAAAACUAUUUUUUUCCUUUUUUCCUGGAUAUAUUGUUGCCAUAGUGAUGACCAAAAAGAUACCUGUGAUGUGCACCUGUCCUCAUGUCCUGCUCCAGUGGUUUAUUGUGUCUCUAUACUCUCCCAAACCCCAGUUCUCUCCUCCGUAUGUGUGUUUCUCUUCCCUUCCCUCCCCGUACUCCACUGAGCUAAAUAAAGUCUGCUUUGGUGCA